AUGGCCGACGCACAGGUGCUCACGCCCGACCAGGUGGCACAACUCCUCGCUGCCCAGCAGCAGCAGCAGGCCUCCACCUCAUCCACCUCGUCCACCAGGACACCGUCCAGCCGCCUCAAGACGUCGUUCGAAAAGCGCCGUGCCUUCGAGCCGUUCUACACUGGCGGCGCCACCGCACUCUCGCCCGAUGGCACGCUGCUCUUUGCGGCGCUCAACGAAGACGUCUCCGUCGUCCACGUCGCCACGGGCAACAUCGUGCAGCGCAUCGACGGCGACACGGAGGAAAUCACCGCACUCGCAGUCAGCCCCGAUGGCGCGCAUUUGGUCGUCACCUCGCGCUCCCUCUCUCUGCGCAUCUUCAGCCUUCCGGAGUGCACACUCGUACGCACGAUUCCAAAGGCCCACGCGAGCCAGGUCAACCUCAUGGGCGUCGAUCCCACAAGCACGCUGCUCGCCACGGGCGGCUCGGACGGUGUGGCCAAGGUGUGGGACAUCGCAGGCGGCUUCUGCACGCAUGCGUUCAAGGGGCAUGCCGGUGUGGUGUCUGCGCUGGCAUUUAAUAUGCCGCCUGCCGAAGCAGCACCAAAGAGCGCCAAGAAGGGAAAGAAGCCGCAGCGCGUCAUGCAUCUGCUGACGGGAUCCGUGGAUGGCAAGGUGCGCGUCUGGGACCUCAACAACCAGGCCGAACUGCACAAGCCCGUCGCCACGCUGGCGGGGCACGACUCGGUGGUGCGAGGCAUCGCCGUUGCUGAGCGUGGCGAUGUGGUCGUCACCGGUUCGCGCGACCGCACGCUCGUCGUAUGGCGUCUGCCCUCCAACGCUCCCUCCGCCGCAGCGUGGAAGCAGGCCGAAACGCUCUCGGCCAACGAAGGCAUCGAGUCCGUCGGCUUCCUGCCCCACCCCACCACCUUUUGGACAGGCGGUAGUGACGGCCAGCUCCGACUAUGGGACGUAUCCACCUCGGCCAUCAUCGCGCGCGAGCCGCGCUCGUUCAACGAGCGACUCGCUGCCCCGCAGAGCGACGCCGAGGAGACACGCGCCAUUACAGCCGUGCACCUCGUAUCACCCGCGCAGGGCGAGGCGUGGCUGGUGUCGGUGCAUGCGGACCAGAACAUUGUCGUGCGCUCCGCAAGCGCGACGCAGCCGCUCAACAAGGUGCGUCAGCUUAUCGGCUUCAACGAUGAGAUCGUCGAUCUCGCGCUGCUUGCCUCGCACGGUGCGGUGGAGACGCAUCUGGCCGUCGCGACCAACAGCCGCGCGCUGCGCGUCUACGAGCUGGGCAGCGACGAGACGAGCGCCGAGCUGCUUGCGGGGCAUACGGACAUUGUGCUGUGCGUCGACAGGUCGUCCGACAUGCGGCUGCUCGCCUCGGGCGCCAAGGACCGCACAGCCCGCAUCUGGGCCUGGGUCCCCACCACUCGCCUCUCCCCCUCCGACAAUGCAGAUGCGGAUGGCGAUACGGGCAAGCGCAUUCGCCGUCCCCCCACUGCAGCCGCAACGGACGAUGGCGAGGGCGAGGGGGAGUGGGUCUGCGUGGCCGUGUGCGAGGGGCACGCCGAGUCGGUCGGCGCGAUCGCAUUCGCCCGCCGCGCCGCCAAGCCCGGUGCGCCGUAUGCGCCGUUCAUCGUAACCGCCUCGCAAGACCGCACCAUCAAGCUGUGGGACCUCUCCCCGCUCACCGCCCUGCUCGAAUCCAGCGCACCCAUCUCGGCACCGCUGUCGCUCAAGUCGCUCCUGACGCAGCGCGUGCACGACAAGGACAUCAACACCGUCGAUGUCUCGCCGAACAACGCCAUGAUCGCCACGGGCUCGCAGGACCGCACCGCCAAGCUCUUUUCUCUCUCCUUCUCCUCUUCCGCCUCGGGCUCCUCGGCGCGCGUUGCACCUCUUGCUGUGCUCAAGGGCCACAAGCGCGGGGUGUGGGCAUGUCGCUUCUCCCCCGUUGACCUUGCGCUCGCCACGGCGUCGGGGGACAAGACGAUCCGUCUGUGGUCGCUGAGCACCUUUGCGAGCGUCAAGGUGUUCGAGGGGCACACGAAUUCGGUGCUCAAGCUCGGCUUUGUGGCUGCGGGGAUGCAGCUGCUGUCGUGCGCCGGCGAUGGCUUGGUCAAGGUGUGGAAUGUCAAGGACGAAGAAUGCGCGCUGACGCUCGAUGCGCACGAUGACAAGAUCUGGUCCUUUGCCACCGCGCGCGACGAGGGCUGGUUCGUCAGCGCCGCCGCCGACGGCACGAUGCACGUGUGGGAGGACAAUACGCAGCAGCGCCUCGAGGUCGAGCGCGAGCAAAAGCAGGACGAGGUGAGGAUGGAGCAGCAGUUUGCCAAUCUGCUCACGACGCGCGACUGGCGCAACGCCAUCCGACUCGCCCUGCAGAUGGACCAACCCCGUCGACUGCUCAACCUCUUUACCCUGGUCGCCAAUUCUCGACCCGACACCACCGGCGGUUUGAUCGAGGAUGCCCUCGGCGGUAGUAGCGGUGGAGAUGCUGGGUCCAUCACGGGCCUGGCUAGUGUCGAUGCAGUGUUGGCCUCGCUGUCGGGGUCGCAGCUGAUCCAGCUGCUCAACUACGUGCGUGACUGGAACACGUCCACACGCACAUCGCCCAUCGCCCAGACCCUGCUGCACGCCAUCCUCUCAACACACUCGGCUGCAUCCCUGCUCGCGCUCUUCGACAAGCAGGCCAAGACGCAGCGCGCGGCGUUUGCGCAGAGGGCCGAAGACGAAGAGCUCGGCAUCGCCAAACCUCGCACCGACAAAGACAAGGCCCAGGAGCGCCGCAAGAACAAACAGCUCACUCUCGAUCUGGCUGCCCUGGUCGAUGCGCUGUCCGCGUAUUCGGAGCGACACUUUCAGCGCGCCGAUCGGACGCGCAUCGAGGCGGCCAUGCUCGAGUAUUCCAUCACCGCCAUGGACUCGCUCCUGGGCCCCCAAGACGACGACGAGCGCCAAGAUGCAGCCUUUGAGGAUCAAAUCCACCUCGACCUCGAGUUGGGGGAGCACAGCGAUGUAGACAUGUCCGAGUAA